AUGUACGGGGGAUACCAACGGGUACCAUCUGGCACUUCGGACUGCGGCACCGAUGUCUUCCUACCAAGCUCACCAGGACGCAGCAGCACCGGAUCCGAGGCUUCGUUAAAUGAGAAACAAUCGACGGCAACAACGACAGCCGAGCUGUUUGGGCGAUCCUACGCCGAUGUCUCGGUCAAGCUGCGAGCAUAUGCCAGGUCUCGGGGUCGGUGGCUGUACGACGUCUCACGCUGCGUGGGAGGGUCUGCCCUUGCACCAAUCCUUCCCAGCUUCCUCCGACCACGGGUGUUGGGUGAGGGUGGCUCUGCCGGUUCCGCAACCACACACCAUGUCAACGGCAUUGCGACUCUGGAUGGCGUAAGAGGAUACGCCUGUUUUUUCGUCUUCAACUUCCACUUUCUCUUCAUGUACACGCUGACCUCGGUACGGGGCUUCGGGGUUGAUCCCACAAACUUUUCGAAUCGCUGGAUACACCAGCUGCCGUUCAUCAAGCUCCUCUACAGCGGCCGCUCCAUGGUGUGCGUCUUCUUCGUGCUCUCCGGUUACGUUCUCUCCCGCAAACCCCUGAUGGCCUUGCGAUCCCAGUCCUACGACUCGAUGCUGCAGGCGCUCUCCUCGUCCAUCUUCCGCCGUGGCAUCCGGCUCUUCCUCCCGACAAUUUUCAGCACCUUUCUUGUCAUGCUGGCCAUCCAAGCCGGCUGGUUCGAAUGGGCAACCGAGAUCGGCAAUGACGGCGUGACGCUGGCUUUCUUGGAGCACCAUCCCAUGACCUUGGAGACAUGGCAAGACCAGAUGUGGGACUAUCUCAACUUCGUCCGCAACUACAUCGACUUCACCAACUGGGGCGAAUGGUACAACCUGUACGAUCCGCACGUGUGGACCAUCCCGCUCGAGUACCGCGCCAGCAUGGUCCUCUUCCUCAACCUGAUCUGCCUGUCGCGCGCGCGCACCGCCUGGCGCCUCGCGCUGACGGUCGCCUUCAUCAUCUUCUGCACCCGCUGGGGCCGCUUCGAAGUCGUGCUCUUCCUCGCGGGCUCCCUACUCGCCGAGCUCGAUCUCAUCACCAACACCUGGGGACCCGCCGCCCCUCCCGUCCAGCACCGCCGCCAACCCUCCCUGCUCCCCACCAGCACCAAUCCCACCACCCCGCCCCUCCUCACCACCAUCGAGACGGCCGCUCCCCCGCCCCCCUCCCCCGCCGUCUUCUGCCCGCACCCCACCAAGCCGGCGCACCCCCUCCCCCUCGCCUUCUUCCACCUCACCACCUUCACCGCCGGCCUCUACCUGCUCUCCUUCCCCGACGAAUACGGCGACUACACCCCGGGCUACACCUACCUCUCGCUCCACAUCCCGGACAUCUACCGCGAGAGCUGCCCCUACCGCUUCUGGCAGUCCGCCGGCGCCAUCCUCACCCUCCACGCCAUCUGCAACAGCCGCGCGCUGCGCCGCCCGUUCCAGACGCCCGUGGCCCAGUACCUCGGCAAGAUCAGCUACGCCUUCUACCUCGUGCACGGGCCGGUGCUGCACAGCCUGGGGUUCGUGGUGAUGAGGCUGGUGUUCGGGGUGGCGGGGAGGUAUGGGUAUGAGGAGGUGGUUGUGGGGCAGGGCGUGGAGGGGGAGGAUCUGUUUUGGGACCCGGUGCCGCGGGAGCCGGUGCUGCGGGUGGUGGAGAAUGGGGAGAUGGGGAAUCGGAGGUUUGUGGCGUGUUUGGCGGUGGGGUACGUGGUUUUGUUGGCGGUGAGUGUGUGGUUGGCGGAUUUGUUUUGGCGCAUGGUUGAUACGCCGGUGGUGAGGUUGGCGAGGGCGGUGGAGAACAGAGUGAAGAGAAGGGAUUGA